UACCAGUGUUUUUUUUCUUAGUAUAGGCCAGGAUAGCUCUGUUAUCACAAAUAAGUACAACAUUCAGCUGCAAUAGAUCAAAAUAGUGUCAUUUAAAAUGGCACUUUAUUCAAUAAGUAUACCUAUUGAUUCAGUACCUACCUUUGAAAUGGUAGGGACAAUUGAUGUUUAAUUCAUUAUAACAGGAUGAAUGUCUGUUUUUUGUAUGUCUUGAGAUGCUGCCUUGGAGCUGCAUGAUUCUAUUUCUGUGACAGCCAUGGUGAUUCCUAGGAUUCAAAUAAGUGCAUGGGGAGCCAACUCCCAUGGACAGACUGGCACCAACAUUGACGCAGAGGAGCUUUACGAACCAACUCCCGUGCUCCUCUCGAACGAUCUCCAAAGCGCUCUCUCUUCACCCGAAACCGUCGCUCGCCUCGCCGCGAGCUUCCGCUCAAACCCGCCAGGUGGCAGCACCGAGUGUCCGCCAGAUGUCGCUAGUGUCGCGGUGACUGGAGGAGGGGGUCACUCGGUACUUCUGGUGAAUGGAAAGGUGUUCACGGCAGGGCUAAAUGAUGUCGGGCAGCUAGGGAGAGAGACUGAAGGUGCUACCGAUGGUGUAUUUCGACGAGUAGAGCUUGAUGAACCGGUCGUCUCCGUCGCCUGCGGCUGGGAUCAUACUGUCCUCCUGACCACCUCAGGUCAACUGCUGACCGCUGGAGGGAUCAAAUUCGGUCAGCAGGGCACCGGCUACAGCACCACCACCGCUACCAAAGCCAACGCCACCACCAAUGCUACCGUCAAAGCCAGUGCCAACAGUGCUUCACCUGGGCAUUCGGGCUUAUCUAACCUUCCCAGUCAUGGGAGCAACAGAUGUGGAUUUGUUCCACUGGUUCUCCCUCUAGAUCGGAACGGUGAUGUGAAAGGGAGUGAUGGAGGAACCAAUCAGAAGGCGAGUGGAGGAACGGUGACGUCAUCGGAUAAGGAAGUGACGUCACGUGAUGAAGAUGCUACAUCUGAGGUAAAUAAACAGUUAUUGCAGGGUAAAGCAACCUCAUUCAGUGAUGAAGUGACUCCACAAAAUGAAGCACCGACAUCACAAGAAACAGCCGAGACGUCUCGUGGAGAAGUUAUGACGUCACAACACGUUCGUGUGACGUCAGUGGCGGCUGGAUUACGUCACACCGUGGCAGUGACGUCAGACGGGCGGCUGUUCGUCUGGGGAGACAACAGUCGUGGGCAGCUUGGUGUCCCCGUUGAGAGGCUAAUAGCCUCUCCGCGGGCCCUGCCCACCCCGUCUGCCGUGUGUGGGGCGAGCUGUGGCCAGAGACAUACUAUGAUACUCUGUCGGUCGGAGUCUGACGGGUCCGAUACAGGAGGAAAACUGCAGCUCUACGGAAUGGGAGAUAACCGACGAGGUCAGAUAUGUGGCAAAAUCAUCCCCGCCACUCCCGGCUCCCCAUUGGUCAACACGACUGGUGACGUCACACCAGCACGGCUAGACGGCCCGUCAUUGGUCUGUCUGCCCGAUGACGUCAGCCCGACCCGGGUUCACUGCGGCUGGACUCAUACAAUAGUCGAGUGCGCCGACUCCCAUCUCCGCGGUUGGGGCCGAUCCGACUACAAUCAACUUAACAUCCCACGGUGCCCCAUCAGUUCUCUAGCCUGUGGCUCUGAACACUGUCUAUCUAUAACCAAGGAUGGACGAUUGUUGGCCUGGGGGUGGGAUGAACACGGGGCGGCGGCCGGUCAGCUGGGUAAAACGGUGAAGUCAGUGGAGGGGAAGGAUGUGACGUCAGUGGAGGAAAAGGGUGUGAUGGCACCGGAAGAAAGCAGUGUCACGUCAGUGAAAGGGGGUAGUGUAACAUCAAAAGAAGCUGAAUGUGUAACGUUGAAAGAAACCGGCGAUGUGACGACGUCUGUAAAAAUCGACAAAGAAGUGUCAGCGUCACAAACAGCAAAAGAAGUCGAUGAUUCAAUGUCACAAAAGUCAAAGAGUGACAACAAUUUGACGUCUCAAAAGUCAAAAGAGACCCACCACACAAUAUCAAACGACAAUCAUGAAUCCUCACAAAAGGCAAACAACGCUGAUCACCCGACCCCACAGAAGACAAGUCAGAUAUCUUCACCGGAGUCGAGUGCUAUGGACUCGCCCGAAUCCAAGAUAGUUGAUGUAACACCCUGGCUAAAGGGUAAAGUAGUGGCCGUUGGUGCGGGCUAUGGCUGCUCAUUUGUGGUUUGUUUAGUGGAUGAAUAGAGAAAGGAACUCAUGGAAUACUUGCUACCUUUUUUGUACCGAAGGGACAUCAUGCCCAAUUAAAGAUGCAAUCUAAAAAUGAAAUGUUUGCACUUAUUCACUGUGGAGCCAUGGGCAUGGAUGAUUGGCUAUGGCUAUUUGUUGCCAUUUUAUACUGUAGCUGUAUAAUGAUGAUAAGGGUUGAUAAGUAUUAAUGAUGAUAAGUGUUUAUGCAGUAGGUAAUCCUCGUUUGAGUGUGCACUGUGGUCCGAAAUGUGCGUCAUGAUUUAUAAUACAUCUUCUGCUGACCUGCGCCAAAAUGAGAACACAUACUGCAUACAUGGUGUCAGAUAGCAAAGUUUUGCAUCCUCCGAUAAUUGCUAUCUUUGAUGAUGUUUCAUCCGUUUGUAAAUAUAUUUUUGACAGUU